AUGGGAUCGCAGCCACCGCUGGGGGGAGUGUUCCCAUCUCCCCGAUUGCCGGCAUUUGCGGGGCCGGAGAGCCUGGCGCUACCGCGCCUGCCUCGACUGCCUGCCUCUGGACACAAGGCGGGGGACUGGACCAACGCGAUAGCGGCCGGAAUCUUGCUUCUGGCUCUGUUGUGGGUCUUCGCCCUUACCCUCCAGGGAUGGGGUGAAGCAGGGACCUCCAGCUUCGACCCCUCUGUGUCGGUCACCGUCCCCUUCCUGGCAGGUGCGAAGAAAGCGGAGACCCUCUCCCUCUUACUAGCGCGGCUGGCCGAGACCACCCAGAAGACUGGCGGUGGUGGGAACUCUGUUUCUCCUUCAAGGAAGGUGGAGCGCUACUGCCAGGCAGAAGAGUCCCUGUUCGUUCAGUUCGUGAUCCACUGUGGGAUCAACGAGCUGAAGGCUCCAGGGUAUGGCACCAAGGAGAGGCGGCGACCGGCGGCUCUGCAAUGGGCGGCGGUGAGCCUGGCUUUCUUCUACUUGCUCCGGGCCUCCGAGUACCUCGACGCAGGGUACGUGGGUCUGGAAAGAGGCCUCCGCGGGCGAGACCUACGCCCGCUCCGCCUGGCGGAAAUGCGCCAGGCCGACGAACUGACCCUGUUUAUCAGGGGCUCAAAAACCGACGUCUACAACCGAGGGGAGUAUCGGAAUCAUUAUCGAACCGGGCUCUCCCUGACCGCAGCUAUCGAACUUUUUGAGGCGUUCCCAACCCGCUUCCCAGGAGGACCGGAGGCGGACGACCUUUUGUUCAGGGACAAAGAGGGUAAGCCGCUCCCUCGCGCCCUGAUCACGGUUUUGAUCCAAAAGGCCGCCGAAGCCUUGGGCGAACCAGAGGGUUCGCUCGGAACUCACAGCCUCCGAUUUGGAGGCGCCUCAGCCUUGUGGGCGGCCUUUGGGAAUGCCGCCCUCGUCAAGAGGUUCGGGAGGUGGACCUCAGAGAGCUACCAAACUUACAUUUGGGACGCUCGCGCCACCUCCCGCGAC